AUGGCCCCGUUGGGAGUCCGCACCCUGCAAAAGGGCUACAUGCUUUUGCUGGUGUUGUCAUUUUCCACUUGGAUUUCUGCCAUUAGCAUCAACGUUUGUUCUAGUUUCAACACAGGCGAAACGCCAUUGAACGUCAGCAUAUAUCAAACGAAUGGCCUUUGCGGAGGAUUCUGUACCAAGAAGAAUUACGCCUUUUCCAUCACACAGCAAAAUUCAUGCUGGUGCUCCAACUACUUCCCUGACAAGGCCUCAACGGUUGACGUUAAGAACUGUAAUGAUCCUUGCCCGGCGUGGCCCUCGGAGAACUGCGGCGGCCCUGGAUUAUACGGUUAUAUCUUGUUAAACGAAGUCGCGCCGUCGGGCACCAAGACGGAACCGCCUCCAACAUCAAGUCCAACUCAGAGCACAGCUUCAACAUCCGCUACAACGGCCUCCAGCUCCACAACUACUUCCACCUCCGCCUCCGCCUCAUCCUCCUCUUCUUCCACAUCAGAGACGUCGACUACUUCCUCGAGUAGCUCAUCCUCUUCAUCGACCGAUUCGUCGUCGUCCUCUUCCACCACCUUCUCCACCUCCACCACUUCCACCACGCCACCUCCUGGGCAGACGUCGGAUAACAGCUCUCCCUCGCAAGACCCAAGCGGAGACAGCCAAAACGCCACACCGGUGAAGCAUUCUGGACUGGGUACGGGUGCCAUUGUUGGCAUCGUGGUUGGCGUUGUUGGCGGCUUGCUCGUCCUUGGUGGUGCUGCUUUCUUCUUGUACCGGCGGAGACGACAAAGCAGGAACGACGAGUACCGGGACGACCCGAGCGUCAGAGGCAGCUCAUCCGGCAUGGUGGGAUCGGUUCCCCCAGAGAUGAGCGCCAACAGCGGCUCGCCGGCUUCGCCAGUUUCGGCCGUCAACAGAAACAGCACCAUCCAGAUCGAUCCUCGAAUGGACCCGUUUAAGCAAGGCCUAUACAUCCGCGGCAGCCACGAGAGUCUUAACACGAUCCGCGACGAUCAUGACUAUUCACGACGGAUCCACCCCCCGGUGCUCCGGGCCACGAAUCCAGACCCCGAAGAUUGA